CUAAAUGACAGUACAGAGUUUUCAAGUGCGCGAAAGUAUUUUGCCGAGAGUAAACGCGAAAAAAGAAAAUCAGUAAUGUAUUUCAAACGUAAUAGGGUGAUUGCAUAAUAUUUGGUUGGAAAAUCAUAACCAGCGGUUUUUCGUGAGCUCGAGCACCUUAAAGUAAAUAAAGUUUUUGUUUAUCGCACCAUUACUCGUUGCAAUGAUACUGGUAGCAUCGCGAAACGUCAUGGAGGUGGUCCAAAAAGUGAAGAAGUGAUUUGAGCGAAAUCCCCGACGAAGCGCCAAUCAGAUGGCUAAAGAACUGAAAAUAUCUGACUAUAGCAUCCGCCGCAUACUGAAAAAUUAUCUCAAUGUCAAGCCUUACAUCACCCAAAAGGCGCAUGAUCUCACACCAAAGCAGCAACAAGUUAGACUUGAGAGAGCGAAGUAGUUGCUUCGUUUCGCCGAAAGUGGUCAAUUUCCGAACAUUGUGUUUUCUGACGAGAAAAUGUUCAAAUAGAGCAAUUCGUAAACUCCCAAAACGAUAGGGUUUAUUUAACCGACCGUUCAUACGAGAAUUUGAGCCAUCGAUUGGCCACCAAAAGCCAGCACCCGUCACAGUAAUCGUAGGGGCCACUGUAACCGCAGAUGGGCACUCUCCAAUCCUUUUAAGCGAGCCUGUUGUCAAGGUAAAUGCGAAAUAUUAGCGGGAACGUAUUCUGGAGGUUAUUUUGAAACCGCGGGCAGUCUAACAUUUCGGUGGCAGACCAUGAACGUUUCAACAGGACUCGGCACCGUCUCAAAAAGCUCGAGUGAACCAAGAAAGCCUAAAAAACAUCUUUAUAACUUCGAUGGAUUAUUCUCUUUGGGCCAUUUGGAGAGCAAGGGGAGAGAGCAAGAUUCACCUGAAAAAAGCCAUUAUCCGCGAGUGGGCCAAAAUACCUGCAAGUCAUAUUCGGGCAGCUUGCGAUUCGUUGCUGGACCGUCUCAAGGCCAUAGUCAAGGCAAAAGGUGGCCAUAUCGAGCAAAACACAAACAAAGUAUCGAAACGCAUCAUGGACAUAGCGCAGGACGUUAGCGAAUUCUUUGUGGUGUUUAUUAAAAUUCUCUUAGAAUUGUUGCAUCGCCUUUUUGAAAAGAUGAUGAAUAAAAAACUUAAAGAUAUAAGUGGCGAAAUUAUAUUGAUAACAGGCGCAGGGCAUGGUAUUGGUCGCGAAUUGGCCUUGCACUACACUGCCUGGGGCAGCAUAGUAGUGUGUGUAGAUAUCAAUGAGAAGAACAAUGAAGAGACUUUGAAAAAAGCUAAACGACUUAUGCAAAACUCGGUCUAUGCGUAUACUUGUGACGUUUCCGAUCGCGAUGCGGUCUUGAAGUUAGCCGCCAAAGUUGAAGCCGAAGUUGGACGUGUUUCUGUGUUGGUAAACAAUGUUGGUAUCAUGCCCACACAUCCGCUGGAGCAACAUACUGUAGAGGAGAUAAAGCGUGUAUUCGAUAUAAAUGUAUUAUCACAUUUCUGGACACUCGAGGCAUUUUUGCCGCAAAUGAAGCAACAAGGUCGUGGACAUAUUAUCUGUAUUUCUUCGAUAGCCGGAAUCGUAGGGCUGACCAAUUUAGUUCCAUACUGUGCUACAAAGUAUGCGGUGCGUGGCAUGAUGGAGGCGUUGCAUGAGGAAAUACGCGAUGGACCCUACAAAGAUUUUAUCAAACUCACCAUUGUUUAUCCUUAUAUGACCAAUACUGGUCUCUGCAAGCGGCCGAAAGUUAAAUUUCCUUCUAUGCUUGGACUUUUAGAUCCAAAGGAGGUUGCCAAGCAUAUAGUAGAGGCGCACCGCUCCAACGUCAAUGAAACCACAAUACCCAACAGUCUUUUGCAUAUCAACAAUUGGUGUCGCCUGCUGCCUUUGCGUUGCGGUCUUUUGCUGAAAGAUUAUAUAGAUAGUGGCGUAGAGUCCGAUUUGUGAGUGCAUGAGCGUUGCUGAGAAAUAAAUAGUUUUGUAUUUGAAAUAUUUUAAUAUGAUUGUAUUAUAGUGUAUAUUGGUUGCAUUGUACGAAUUUAGAAAAAAAAAAAAAACAGGAAAAAAAUUAUAUCAAUAAAAUCUAAAAAGACUUGUGUAUUUGAAGCUGGAAGUAAUUCAUGAAAUAAAUAAUUAUUGCGGAUACAGAAUGGA